AUGCGUAGGUCAAUAACCUCAUGUUCAAUUAAGAAAGCGACACCACUUCAUUAUGCUACAGCUAGCGAGGAGAUUGCACCUGAAACAGCCUUAUCCAUUUUACACACUUUACUCAAGUACGGAGCAAAACCAAAUUGCCGAGAUGUUGACGAAAGGACACCGAUCCUAUGGGCAGCGAGUAACGGAAAUUUGGAAGCAAUGCACUCACUUCGACAAGCAGGCGGCGAUCUAAUGGCUGUAGACCGAGAUAACCUCGGGGUUAUUCACUGUGCAGCUAGCCAUGGAUAUCAUGAGACCAUUGAUUUCAUCAUGGACGCCGUCCCAAACUUUUCUGUCGAUCAAAAGGAUCGAGCAGGGCAUACCGCUUUGUUCUAUGCGGUCACUUAUGGGCACUAUGAAGUGGCGAAACGACUUCUCGACUAUGGCGCUAAUCCUAAUCACCAGGUUUGGAAGAGCUUCUAUACAAUAGGCAUAGAAUAA